AUGAAUGUGAUACAUUGCAGUGACUUUCAGCUUACAGUGAUAGCUGGAGAUGUGAAGUCUUCCCAAAGGGCUAUAGCUCAAGUAAGGUACUGUAAGGCAAACUACAGUUUUAUUCAGGCUAGGGGUCAUGCAGCAGGAGAAUAUUUGUUACAGGAGAUGGCAGACAUUGAUGUGUCAACAGAUGACAAAACACUCAGCCCUGGGCUUUUCGUUGGUGAGUGCACUCUGCCCUAUCUGUCCUUUUCUGUUUCCCUCCCAAACUUGAAAUCUAGUGUGAAAAUGGCUCAAGUUAACAAUACAGUUGUCACUGAAUUUAUUUUUUUAGCAUUUCAAGAGCUUCAUCAAUUCCAGGUUUUGCUUUUCAUUGUGAUUUUGCUAAUAUACAACACAUGCAUUGUUGGGAACAUGCUCAUAUAUUUGCUAAUUAAGUUUGACCUUUCCCUUCAUACGCCAAUGUACUUUUUUAUCAGUACGUUUGCCAUCUUGGAAAUUAUUUUUGUCUCUGUCAUUGUCCCCAAACUUUUGGAUAUCCUCAUUGCAGGUAAAAACAGGAUAUCUUUUGUUGGCUGCUUUACACAAAUGUACUGUGCUGACACCACGGGGAUAGUUGAAUGUUACCUCCUGGCUAUUAUGGUCUUUGACAGGCACUUAGCCAUCACUAACCCUUUGCGUUAUUCUGCUGUAAUGAGCCAAGCAUAUAUAAAGCUUGCAAUAUUCCCAUGGAUUGUCGGUUUUGUUGCUGCUUCCGUCCCCACUGUCUUCACAGCUCGCUUAGAAUUCUGUGGUUCUAAUAUGAUCAACCAUUUCUUCUGUGACUUGGUUCCACUGCAGAGUUUAGCAUGUUCUGAUCCCUUCAUCAGCAAUUUGGUUACAAGCACAACAGCCAUCUUUGUAGUGAUUUUCCCCUUUAUCAUAAUUAUAGUGUUCUAUACACAUAUCAUAAUCACAAUCAUGAAGAUCAAGAGUGGUAGAGGUAAAUAUAAAGCCUUCUCCACUUGUUCUUCACACCUUUUUGUAGCCAGUCUUUUUUUUGGUACAGGCAUCAUUGUUUAUGUAAACCCAAACGGUGGCAGAAAUGAAAAAUCCUUUGCCCUAAUAUACAAAGUUGUCACCCCAUUGUUGAAUCCUUUUAUAUAUACAUUGAGAAACAAAGAUGUGAAGAUAGCUUUCUUGAAAAAUUUUAGCAUUAUCAGUAAGAUGGCAAGAGGAAAAUGA